UUCUGUUUCCUUCGAGACGUUGUCGAGUGUCGAACUGAGGAAUACAAAUGUCCUCUUCCGUUCUCUUGUGACCGAUUCUCCGAACAGCAGGACACCUUAUUCGCUUCGAACAGGAAGGCAAACGGAAGAGGAAGAAUGCAUCGCGCCCCCGUACGUGGCUCGAUCCUGUGAAAUGAAUCGGAUAUCGAUGGCUUAUCCGUGAAACCAACAGUUCGACCCGUUCCCUGACAACAACUGAACUGGCAAUGCCGAUUCUCUACGUGGUAACGAAUCUAUUCCAGUUCGUGUUAUUCGUGCUGUUUACCGCGGUUUUAACUGCCGUCGCUGCUACUUCGUUAUUGAUGGAAGUCACCAUCACCCAUUUUGUUCACCCGAUGACGACUUUCAUGCUGCAUCAGUCUGGACGAUUAGCCGUUUCCUUGGUAGAUCAGAGUGCGAGGUGUACGUCACAUGCGUUUAACAAGAUGUGCGAGAUGGACCACGUACAAUUACAAUCGGCAUUGGACGGAAUAAGCAUGGAAACACCGGAAGUCCGUUAUGCCAGAAGCGCGAUUCCUGGCCUCGUAGAGGAAACGCAGCCGGUGAUAAUCGAUAUCGGGUCUACCGAAGAACAGGAAACGGCGAGCACUGCACCGACUGAAGUGACGAUAGGUGACUCAACGAUGCAGGAGGAAGAAAUUGACGAGACGACGGGAUAACAAAUAACUUUUGUGUUAAUUUUUAUAUUUCAUUUGAAAAUUUCAAAUAUAUAGAGUUACAUCAAAUAA